AUGAUACAGGAGCUAGAUGAACUCUCGCCAAAGACUACCCGUUCCACAAAGACCACUCGUUCCACAAAGACCACUCGUUCCACACAGCCAGCACCUGCUCCGCAACUGCCCGGUGAUGUGAUUAAUUCAAAGAGGUACUUGGCAUUUAUGAGUUUCAAAGUGAGCGAGAUGAAGGCCUUUGCUCAAGGCAAGAUCUUGUCCUUUCGAAAAGUGAUGAACUCAAAGCUCAAUUAUGCUACAGACUAUAUCUGA